GGCCGGAUACCCCGGUGACCGCCUGUGGACUUGGGAAAGUGGGGGCCAGUGGAGUUCCCUGCAGCCGGGUCCAGGCGUGUGCAUUCAUGAGUGAGGAACCUGAGCAGGCGUUGAGCAUCCUGACAGUGAGAGCAGGAGCUGGUCAGGGUGAUGGCCAAAGGCCCAGGCCUCUGGAAUGGCACCAUCAAUGACACCUGGUAUGGGGAUGAACUGGGCUACAAGUGCCGCUUCAACGAGGACUUCAAGUAUGUGCUGCUGCCCGUGUCCUAUGGCGUGGUGUGCGUGUUGGGGCUGUGCCUGAAUGCUGUGGCACUCUACAUCUUCCUGUGCCGCCUCAAGACCUGGAAUGCCUCCACCACGUACAUGUUCCACCUGGCCGUGUCAGAUGCGCUGUACGCAGCCUCCCUGCCACUGCUGGUCUACUACUAUGCCCAAGGCGACCACUGGCCCUUCAGCACGGUGCUGUGCAAGCUGGUGCGCUUUCUCUUCUACACCAACCUUUACUGUAGCAUCCUCUUCCUCACGUGUAUCAGUGUGCACCGGUGCCUGGGCGUCUUACGCCCGCUGCGCUCGCUGCGCUGGGGCCGGGCUCACUAUGCCCGCCGUGUGGCAGCCAUCGUGUGGGUGCUGGUGCUGACCUGCCAGGCCCCUGUGCUCUACUUCGUCACCACCAGCACACGUGGAGACCGGAUUACCUGCCAUGACACUUCAGCACCCGAGCUCUUUAGUUACUUUGUGGCCUACAGCUCCGUCAUGCUGGGCCUGCUCUUCGCGGCACCUUUUGCCAUCAUCCUGGUCUGUUACGUGCUCAUGGCACAGCGGCUGCUGAAGCCAGCCUACGGGACCUCGGGAGGCCUGCCGAGAGCCAAGCGCAAGUCAGUGCGCACCAUCGCUGUGGUCCUGGCUGUCUUUGCCCUCUGCUUCCUGCCUUUUCACGUCACCCGCACCCUCUACUACUCCUUCCGCUCCCUGGAUCUCAGCUGUCACGCCCUCAAUGCCAUCAACAUAGCUUACAAGAUCACCCGGCCGCUGGCCAGCGCCAACAGUUGCCUUGACCCCGUGCUCUACUUCCUGGCUGGGCAGAGGCUCGUGCGCUUUGCCCGGGACACCAAGCCACCCACAGAGCCGGCCAUUCCCACCCAGGCACACCGCAGGCUGGGCUUGCGCAGGUCUGGCAAAACUGACGUGGGGAGGAGGGAAGACUCCAACAGUGAGGACUCCAGACAGACAGACUCCACGCCAGUUGAUGGUGAAGCCACUAAGGACAUUCAGCUGUAGGACUCGGACCCCUUGUACCUGUGAAAGUUUUCAUGUGGGGGCUGAAAAGGACUAAUGCUUGUUUAAAUGUCCUUAUCUGAGGAUAAGGACAAUAGUGAUUACUGCUGGAUGGUUAAGGGAGCCAUGACCUCAGCGCUCUGUCAUUCGGCAGGAACUGAGGAUCGUCUCUGGCCCAGAGCUCAGUAGCCCCAGCCCCCAGUCACCAUUUGUACGUGUGAGUUGGGAAACAAGGUUUCAAGAAAGGCAAGGUUCUGGACCAGCGCUACCCCUGACCGGAUUCCCACAUAAAUAGCUGGGCUUGCCUGCCAAGGUACCCAGGCUGGAGCCCAGCCCAACCAAGUCAAGUGGAGAAACAGGACCAGAAGGAAAAGCGAUUCUGGACCUGAGAUCCCUGGGGGAUGGAGGGGCUAUUAUAAGGUUGACCAGAGGCCCCUGGUUGGUAAGGAGUCAGCACUGAGCCAAAGGUAAUUUGGUGACUUGGGCUGCUCUGGGUGCCAUAGUGGACUCAGCUCCGAGGUGUACCCCCAGCCCAAGAAAUGAAAAUCUGGGGUCUUAUGUCAUAGGCCCCUCGGGAGGUUCCCCUGGGGUGGGAGCCUCCCCUGGCUGUAAGUUAUACUAAAGGUCUUGUCGCCUGCUGAGCUGUGCCAUUGUGUGGCUGGAAUAUAGGAACGCAUCCUAGGAGCUUCCAUGAUCCCACAAGAGUCCUUUCUCCAGCUUGUUCCCUUCCGUCAGCUGCCUUCUCCCUGGCACCGCAGCGGCGGUCUCCUAGCAGGAACCUCCUCUCUCUCCCAAGUUAUGCGCCAUUUCAGAGCCAACCUACUUUUGUGUCUGACUCUGCUAGGUCCAAGAGAAAUCAGCUAGGGUCCCAGACCUUGGGAUUCCCCAGUUUAGGACUUAAUAUUCUGGGGGUGGAAUAAAGGAAACCUUUUAUUUAUAGCAUUGCCAAAGGCCACAAUGCAAAUACUGCUAAUUACGGCCAAUUUUAGAUUACUGAAGUGAUGUCAACUUCCUUGCAAAAUUCCUGAAAAGUGAACAGUUGGCUCUUGCAAGCAGGUACAAAAGCACACCCCUGAAUAAUGCUGCAUGGCUGUGGUUGUGGAUCAGGGUCAGGGAAGGCUUCCAGAAUGGGGAGAAGCUGUAGCUUCUGAGAAAAGCAGUUCACCAGAGAACACCAGGUGCAGAAGGUGUUCUGGGCAAAGACAAGGGGGCGGGGUGUGCAGACCUAGAAACAGGCAGGUGACCAGUGCCCAGGUUCAAGGCAGGAAGGAGGCCUGGGCCAGGUCACAAGGAGGCCAUGUUCUGGCUCCUUCCAUGUCCUGACCAUCCAACUCCAACUCAAGCUGGAUCAAGGUUUAGAGAUGGGUCUCACCUGUGACAGGUUCUGGGUCCAGCCAGGACCACCCUGAGCUAAUCUGUGGCACUCAGAUGGAUGGGUCCAGCCCUAACCUUUGGAUAUGGAUGGGUCCAGCCCUAACCUUUGGAUAGGGAUGGGGUAAAGUGACAGGCCUGAAUCUUAACCACAAGGAUAGACUCACAACCCUUGCCCUUGGGGUCCCAAACCUUUCCCCACCUCAGCUCCAUCUGCCUCCUCUGGCUUAUUUAGCCUUCACACUCCGUCUUCAAAAUGGGGUCUCUCCAGGGGUUGCUCUUAGAAUCUAGCUCCACAGCUCCCCCAAGUGACAGGAACCCAUCACAAACCAUGACCGAAAUGAUCACUCCACAUUGUACAAUGUGGGUGACCUGCGCAGAGUAGGUGAAGUGUUCAUCUCCCACAUACUAAGCCCUAUACUUCUAUUAAUAUAACUCGAGUCCCUCUGAGCUUCUUUUGUGACUACUUACCUUAGUCCUUGAACAUUUCUGCUGGCCCAAGUCUAUCUCUUUCCUACCAGCUAUGACUCAGACUGAACCCCUCCCAAAUUAUAGGGAGCCCCCUACCCAGGAGGGAUACUCUGCCUGCCAGCAACUCUGCCUUUGAAGCCUGAGUUCUGGCAUCUUCAGGCAGACCCUGCUUAGAUCCAGUUAUACAUCAUGACUUCAGAGGCUCUUGAGUAUAUAUUUGUGGUUGGGCCAUGGGCACCCAACCCAAGCUCCCCUAGUGCCCAUUCCUUUCAUGCCCACUUACCCUUCUAGUAGCUGCCCUGAAGAACCCCAGAGUCCAGGGAGCCAUUGGCACACUGUGGUCUCUAACCAGGAUGCCUUCCUUGAAACAGCUGCCUGCAGAUUUCUUUUUUUUUUUCAAGAUUUAUUUAUUUAUGCAUACAAGAACUGGGGUACAGGCCAGAGGUGUGGGGAGUAAGAGGAUUCACCAGAGACAGAGUGGGGAACAGAAGAGGCAGAUUGACUGAAAUACACUGCUGAGGGGAGCAGCGGGCGAGUCAGGAGAGGUCUGCUGUGCCAUGUGGGUCACCUCCCUGGCUGUGCAUUGAACUCAUGCUGCAGUGGCUGCGGAUAGCUUCAUAGGUUGUGUCUUAACCCCUUGUGCCACCAGGGAGGCCCCUGCCUGCAGAUUUCUAUGGACAUAGGAUAUAGGGUCCAGAAGGAGCAUGUUCCAUCUAACCCUGUGGCAGGCACUGGUGGGGAUAGAGGAUGGAGACCUGAAAGGAACCAGGCACAGGCCCAGGGUCCCACCUCGGGACUCCACUGGGCCUGCCCAGCCCCUCAGUGAGUACAUUGGCUUAGCUGCUUAGUGCCUAGGCCACCUUCCUGGUGGGUGAGGUUCUCGAUCCUGCUGCUUGUGCUAUUUUCAGCUCAAGUAAGAGCAGGAUUUUCCACUCCCAGCCCCAGACCAUUGUCCAGCAGUGACGUGGAGGACUUGUCUGGUCUCAAAAUAUCUCCUCUUACUCUCCAGGCCUCCCUGUCCCCUCUGACCUCCCCACCUCCUUGCGCUGACAUCACUUCCUGGGGCUGUUGACACUUGAAGGCCACUGUGAAAGGGCACAGCCACCUGACAGGGACCCCAGGGAUUAUCCAGCCAGCUGCAGACUCAAGGCCAGAGAGGGGCCAGCCUCACCCAAGGUCACCCAGCAGGUCAACUUGAUGCCUGGAUGUGCUCCCCUGCUGCUUUGCCCCCUUUAGUGCAGGUCAGUGCCUUCACCUUCCACUGCAGCCUCAGCUCUUCCUGCCCCCGCAGUUAGGGUCAACAGAUACAGUUGUGGAGCUGAGGCCAGGGACAUGGGGCAGAGUGGCGGCAGAUCUGGCUGGGAGGGCAGGGAGAGUAAGUACCUGCUGAGUUGCCUGGAGCAGCUUUUCUCAAUGAGCUCUGUGCAACCAGGGCAGGGGCCCUGACAUGUUGGAGUCUCUGGCUUGGGUGGCAGUUUUCCCAGGGCCCAGGAAGGAGGUGGAGUCCCAGAGGACAUGCCUAUUCUCACCCUCCAGGGCCCUGGACAACAUGCUGGCCAGACACAGUUGUUCCAGUCUGGAUCCAGGUCGGGUCACCAAAGCUAAUCCUCCACCACCACCCAUGCCAUGACAGAUUUGGGCUCGUCUGUGUAGAGUUAGGCACAUGAGGAAGGGAACUCCUGUGCUAGCCCACAUCUCAGGUGCCCCGCAUCCAUUCUGUUAUUUUCACACAACUGUGUGACAGACAUUAUCAUCUCUAUUGAGCAGGCAGGCUCUGAAAAGUGAGGACUUGCUCCAGAUUACACAGGCUAAACGUGAAUAGAGAUUGAAUCUAAUUCGACAUGACUUCCCCUUCCCGGAUCCCGUGUACCUCACAACUCCUACGGACAGGAGGGUCUGUAGAUGACCCUUCAUGUGAUUCAAGACAGACUUCAGUACAGUGGGAAUGGGGUCAAGAGCACAGAUUCAAUGCCCAGACCACCAGGGUUUGAAUGUGGUCUCCGUUUCUUCCAGCUGUGACAGCUUGGGCAAAUUACUUAAUCUUGUAGCACCUUGGUUUUCUCAUUUCUAAGAGGAGAUACUAUGUGCCGUGUAGGGCGCUGAGGGUGUUACCUGAAUAAAAGGGGGUUCCUUAGGUGGAAUCUUCCCCAGAGUAUGGGAGGAGGGAAAGCAGGUCCAUCCGGAGGUCAAGUGUGGAGCCUUCCCUGCAUGGCACUGGGCAGCUUUUAGACACACAGUUCUGUGUGUUUACAGAACCUUGUCCUGGUGCCUGGCUGUUGGAGGCAUUAGGGAGAAGCAACAGUGGGAGGAGGAGGUGGGGAUGACCUUGAUAACAAGCUUCUGGAACCAGCCCCUAUGAACUAGACAGCUCCCACCACCCCUGGCAGAAGCGUACCCCUUUUUCACUGGUGGUGCCUGCUAUGGUGUGUUUCAGCUGCUCUGUGGUUUGACCAGGAGCCUGGAGACCUAAGGCGGGAGGGCUGAUCUGGAAUUAUGCCAGAGGAGGCAGUGAACAGCGUUUACUGUGUGGCCUGAGGCUUGUGCCUGCCCUCUCUGGGCCACCUGGACUCUGGGAAACUUGCCUCCCACAUUCCAGUUAUCCUUACUUCAGUCAAGGUAUCAGCUGCCUGGCUCUUCAUCAAAGACAGAACUAAUAAUUGCCCCCUCAGGAGCCCCAAACACAUCCUGGACUCUCAGUUCUGAGGACUAGAGUGGAGGCAUCAAGUUACCAGAGAGGUUAAGUGGCUCCUCUGAGGCACCACACAGAGCCCUGGAGUAGAGCCAGUCUGAUGUCUGACACCCCUGGUGCCUGUAGAGAGCAGAGUAGACUUGACCAGGAGGGCCUAGGCUGCAGAGGGCGGAUGUGCUUGGCUUCCCUCAGGCUGUGUGCUUGUGGGAGUGGCAGGAUGUUAGCCCCAGAAACCAAACCUUCACCCUUCUCUACCCUGGUUCUUGGUGAAUCUCUUCCCCACUUUGGUCCUCAGUUUCCCCGUCUACAGCAAGGCUUGGCUCUGCCCUGCCUUUCUCCCUCCUGUAGCGCUUCCUGGGCUUGCCUCUGUCCUGGCUGCCGCCUUGCCUGUAUCCAUUCUCAGCACUGUCCCAGGCAGGAACAAUGGAACAGCUCAGCCAGUCACUCAUCAGACCCAAACCCAGUCCCUAGGGCCUCCACUCACCACCCUGGACUAUUUUCAGCCCUUGGAGAUGAAGUCAGAAAAAAGAUUUUCCACUCUCAGCACAAUGACUGCUGUGGACCAUUGUCCAACAGUGACUAGGGGAUCCGCCUGCCCCCAAAUAUCUCCUCUACCCUCCGGGCCUCCCUGCCUGCUCCUCACUUCCCUAUCUACAUAACUUCCAGGGGCUGUUAACUUCUGAAGUCACUGUGAAACAACACACGUGUCGCCUGGGAGACAUGACCAGUUGGAAUCAGUUUUCACUCCUGGCAGGGACCCCAGGAAUUGUUUGGCUGCUUAAUGAGACUAGAGGCCCAGAGAGAGCUAUGCCUUACCCAGGGUCACACUGCAGACAGCUUGGCGUCUGGACUACGUGAAGCGAGGGAUUCAGUUGCCUUUGUUAGUGCUGAUCUGUGCUUCCUGGGAGUGCAAGCUCACCCAGGGCGGGCAUCCCGGGAAGAAGCCUGAGUAACAUGGGUGAGAGGGGGUGUUGCUUGGGUUUUGACCUUGGAGCAGGGAGCUCAGAGCAAGGGCUUGAACUGAAAGCCUGUUCUCCCUCUUCAGUCCUAUUUUCACCAACUGGGGCUUUAAGCUUCACUAAACUCAGAGUUAUCAAGUAGCAGCUCAGGGGAAAGGAGGCGUUUGGGUGACACAGGGGAGCUGAGGCAGGAGCUUCAGCCAACAUCAGCUCUGACGGCAAACCCAAUUUCCUCAUCUGCAAACACCUCUUUCCCUGGUUUACUGAGCAGGGAGAAUGCAGUAACACUCGAACAUGCAAGUGUUCUCUUUCCCUCCCAUCGGCGCGCCCUACUCAGCACUGUUUAGUUCCCCUUACUGAUCCAAAACUGCGUAUUUGGCAAACUCCAACAUUUUGAGUCACUUUUGGGAAACAAAGUUUACUCCAGUUUUAAAUGCCAACCCCCUACUUAAUAUACUGCUCACUCCCCUUCCCAGAGCUAGGAGGACCCUCUGCACCCCACCCGUGGGCCUCUCCUCUGGGUGUUGGGCAAGGUGGGGAGGAAAGGGACAGUAUGUCCUCCCAGUAUCGCCAUAGCCCUCUCUUGCUGCCCUUGUUUCUCUGGCCAAGACAAUCUGGCCACCAGUGCCCCUCAGCGCAGAGCCCUCUGAACACCAGCCCACGACUUUGUGAAAGAGUCUUUCAUUAAAUCAUCUCAAAGUUACCUAAUUUGAGUGUGUCACAUGCUGGGAGGAAAGCCUCUCUGAUGGAUUUUCCUAGAGCACUUGUCACCUCGCUGGAAGGGAAAAAGCCCCUGUCCUUUCCUCUACCCCGGCACCCACACACAUGAGGCUGAGAACUCACAACUGCAGAGACAUCUUUAAGUCCACAGGGUUGAACUUGCAGAGAGUCAGAGUGAGAGUCAAGGGGUAAUAAAGUCUGAGAAAGAGUCUGACCCCAGUUGUUUGCAGGUUUCUUUAGAAAGUGGUCUAUUUUAUUCCUGUGUGUCCUCAGAUUUAGGUCCUCGAGCCAAAUUCCAAAUCAGCAGCCACAUGAGCCACAUGGAAAACCCUACCACAUCAUGGGAUUAAGUUGUUAGACCAGCCUUUGUGACCAACUGCAAAAUGUAGGGGAAGAAAAGAAAAGCCUGCAACAUGGGUGGUCACGCAGCGUGUGCUAGCACGUGAGUACGUGUGCAUGUGUGUUAAGUGGUGACAUCUGUGUUCCAGGGAGAAUGUGAGGGGAGGUCAGGAAGAAAGGACACAGGUGCCCAGGCUGUAGGAGCAGAGGGAUCAGAGGGGUUGCCAGGAGAUUAAACUAAAACCAGGAGUUGGAAGUAGACUUAGGGAUGGCAGGAGGCGAUGGUCUGUCAGCUCUGUGGCUCCCCUUUCUUUCCUCGUGCCCCUCUCUCUUUCCCUCAGCUCCCUUUCCCCUCCCACUUUGCUCCCCCUUUUUGUUCCCUGUUCCCAGAAUUCACAGGAGCAGAGGGGAGAAGACUUGGCAUUUCAGACCCAGUCCUUCAUCCUUGAGCAAUAGCUCAGCAAUGUCCCUGUCUCCCUGGCUGUGCUUGGUCCACUGUGGGUGGCAGGUUCAUUAACACUGUCCUGCUGCCCCCUACUGGGAAGAGCUGGCAGUUGCAGUAAUGGAGCUGGGGUCCAGAUAUUUGCCUGUGGAGUGAUAAGAAAAUGAUCCUGCAAGAAGCAGGGUCAUGGGAGGGUGGGAGUUAGGAGUAAAACGGUGACUUGAAACAGGGAACACAAUUUGCAAUACAUACCCUGACUUGCAAAACAGUUAACAGUCUCUGACCAAGCCAUGAGGUCAUUAGCUUGGUCAGACUAAGCUCACACCUGUGUAUUUAGAGCUACAGGUUCCAAGACCACAAACUUAGCAAAUAGUAAUGCUCUGCAAAUACUCUUGUGUUCUCAACAUAGGAUCGCUGCCUGUUUCAUCAAGCCUCUGCUUUGCAAUUCUGAACAAUCUCUGCCAAAGGCCACCCAGGGCUGCAGGGCUCUGAGUGAGGCAGCUCCUGGAGCCACAGGGGCACACGCUGGAAUGGAGAGUUGAAAGGUCACUUUCUCACUCCUUUUUCACCCAGAAAGAGGCAACACCCUCUUGUCUAUGCCUGUCAUUCAUUCCCACCAAAAACACUCCUGUGGGCUGAUUUUGACCAACUCAACAAAGACUUCUUAUGGGAGAAGGGGCCUCCAAAGAAGGGAGUUGGGGUAGGGUGCUGGUAAGGUUGUGGGCUCUGGAGUUAAUCCACUGGAUGAAUGUUAGGGAGAGGGGCUGGAGAGUUCCUCCCAAUGGAUUUGCAUAACUAAGACUCGAUUUCAGGCCUAGUCUCGAACUCUAGUCUGAGAGCUCUUCUGAAGGAAAACCAGAAUCUUCCUCUCUGGAAGUGACACCUCUGAAAAAGUCCAUCCACCCCUAACAAGGGUCCCCUCUCUGCCUCAUUAAUGCCUUGACAUGGCUUGUACUCUCUUCCCCACCUCCAAGGAUGGAGCGAUCACUUCCUCCCAGGCAACUCCUUUCCCAGUGGGAGGGCACUGCUCACAGAAGCCCUCCUGCCCCAUAUGGCCAUUAGGGACACACAGUAUAUCUACCCCUCAGCCCAGGGCAGCCAUGGAGGGUAUGACAGUCACCUCCUCCAAGCCAACAGCCCCAGCUCCCUAUUCUGCCCCACUCCAGUGUCCCCCAAAGGCCCUGUCCUCCCCUCUCUGCUCCUAGAAAUCCUUGCCAUCUCACACAGCUGACUCCAGAACUGGACUCCAUCCCUUGAGAGGUAUGACCCAGCUCAGCUGGUCCAAGUUCAGCACCCACCGUGACUGUAUCUGGGCAGCAGUUAGGGCUCACCCACCUCUCAGGAGAUACCUGUGACAUGGAUCCCACCACCGGUAGGGCUCUCAGUCAGGUGGAAGGGCAGAUCCACGUCCUGGGCACUUGGGGUGCAGCCUCAGCCAAUCCUCUAGACCCCACCCCCACGUCUUCACACAAUCUAGCACAACCUUUACUCCACCUAAACCUGGAGGCAUAGAAGUGCAUAUGCCUGGAGAGGACAGUCACUCAUGCACCAGGGGACCUUGGUAAAUGUUUCCUCAUCAUAAAAAAAGGAAUAAUCAUAACCCUUUUUGUAUUUUUUUCUAUGUACUGUCGCCUUCUGCUAGAAUGACAACUCCCAGAGGACAGGGGUCUUUGUAUGUCUGGAUCAUACCUUUACCCCCUGUGCCCAGAACAGUGCCAGCCCCAAGUUGGUACACAACAACUGCUUGUUGAAUAAAUCAAUGAAUGAGGAGUAAACGAGAUAAACUAUGUAAACUGCUUUACAGAAUACUUACUGCCAAUGGGAACUCAAUAUGUUAGUUCUUUUCUUUGUAAUGAAAGUCAAAUUCAUGAUUUCCCAUAAGUUUCACUAUGGCCCUUGGAGGCAAAAACCCUUGUCAUUACUGAUUCAUUCAUUGAUUUAGUCAACAAAUAUUUACCAAGUGUCCAGUAAGUAAGUACAGCUCCAGGUUCUUGGAAAUCACCAGUGAAUUAAAAAAUAAAAAUAAAAAACCCUUCCCUUGUGGAACUUGCCUUCUGGUGGGAUGAGAGACAAAAAGCAUCAGAAUUUAAAAAAAAGGUGGAUUGUUUGUUUGUUUGUUUGUUUGUUUUGUAGUAGAAGGUGGCAAGAACUAUGGGGGGAACAACAACAGGAAGAGAGACUGGCAGGGCUGGGAGGUUGACUGAUUCUCAAUAGGGUGGUCAGAUGAAGCCUCAGGAAAGGCAGAAAAGAGGGCAUUUGAACAGACUUGAAGGAGUGGGAGUUAGCUGAGUGGCUACCUGGUGCGGUAGCCUUCCAGAGGGAAGAGUCAUCACACAGGUCUGGCUGCCAGGGCAGGAGGAGGCCUGCGGCUGGCAUGGAGACAGGAGGGUUCCCGCAGGACACUGAGUACAGUGGAGAGCCGUGGUCGAGAUACAAUCUGACUUAGGUUUUAGAAAGAUCUACCUGACUGCUGUUUUGUGAAUAAACAAGAAUGAGGCAAGAAUGGGGCAUCCAGAGCAUGAAGGCACUGCAGAGGAAUUCAGGGGAGAGAUCGUUGUACCUAGGACCUGGGGAAGCAGUGGGGGUGGAGAGAAAUGGCAAUGGCAGAUGUAUUUUGAAGGAAGAACCAACAAGAUUCCUAAUAGUUUUUUUUUUUUUCCCUGAAAGGUUUUGCAGGCAGGGAAACUGAGAUCCAGAGAAUGUCAAUGAGGUGCCACAUCGAUGGGCAGUGGGUGGGGCAGAGGACGGGAGAAUGGCAUGAGGGAUGGUGGAAGAUCCCCAGAUCUAGGGCAGUGUCUGGGAGAGGAGAGGGCAGAGUAGGAGGAAGGAUUCUGUUGCUUCGGGUCACAAACCAGGCCCAGGGCAUCUGGGCCUUGAUUGGCUCAAUGACUUUUUCAUUUUCCCCUAAAUUCCUUUAUGAUGGCCUUUUAAUUGGGUCCUUUUGUUCCAAGACCAUUGCUGAGCCAAGCUGACGCCAGAGUGUUUGCCUAUUAUUAAGUAGAUUAGGAAAUUACCCCCUCUUGGGCUUCCAGAAAAGUCAGCAUCUGCACAGCCUCCUGGACAUCUGCAGGAGCCAUGCUGGACAUCUUGCCUUGGCCUGAGUUUCCUGCUUCUGCCUCCCCUCUCCUGCUGCCCCCCCUCACCCCAUCCCCUGCAGCAGGGCCUCUGCCCCUACCUUGCUCACCUGGUAAAUGUUUCCACCUCCUUCAAGGAUCAUUUCAAAAUCCCAGUGAAGUCUUGCAGAUCUCUAUCCCUGCCCUAGGUUCAUCUCUCUUGGGAGAGAACUCACAUUUUGUGCCCAGAUGGGAUCCUUUGCUGGGAUCACAUGAUCCAAAUCUCAUCACCAUCUGCAAAGAAAGAGGGAGACCCAAACAGCAUUUAAAUCACAAUCCUGUUAAGUAAAAAAGACUUUCCCGAUUCCCCUUCCUCCUCAUAGAGAAGCUGGACUCUGGAGGGGGGCGGCGUGGGGGGCGGAGGGCAGAGGCAGAGGAAGAGAAGAAGAGGAAAUGUUAAAUUCACAUAAUAGAAAUGGGUUGGAAAUAUAACCUCCACUGGAGACAAAGAAAAUUGUUCCAUGGCAGUAUCAAAUUCAGACUUUGAAAUAAGUAUUUCCAUUUUAGACAUUACUGAUUCCCUGCUAUGAAGGAUGAGGAUUUGGUUCUCUAUCCUCAACUCCCAUCACAAUUUUGGUUUAUUCAGUGUUUACACUUUUAUGAUUUUGAAAUUACUGGGCUGUCAGAAAAGUCAUGAUGUAUUUUUUCUGUUUUUCAAGUAAAAAUGUGCCAUAACUUUUCUGACAACCCAAUAGUUUGCAACAACACAGCAAUUGUAUAAUUGUAUAGGGCAGGUAAGAUUUCUUUCUUACCUAACUUUUUUUCCCCCUGGUAUUAGUAAUUGCCUCAGUAUAAAUUGCUGAGACAACAAUUUAUUGUCUAUUCUAAAGACAAUGAGAAUUAUAAAGAAAUCUUAAAUAGUAUUUAUAAUCACAUCAUGAGAAGCUAUUCAGUACUUGAAAUGUCGUUUGUCUGAACUGAGAUGUGUUGCAAGAGUAAAAUAUACACCAAUUUCAAAGACUUGGCACAAAAAAAAAGUUGUAAAAUAUCUCAUUGCUUUUUCAUUGGUUACAUGUUGAAAUGAUAAUAUUUUGGAUACA